CGUGCGUCGUUGGUUGUGUGUGGUGUGCUGCGGUUGUCGUUCUUCUUCUUCCUCGUGGUUAGGUUGGGUGAGGCCGGCCGCCAUAUCCUAUCUUUGUUUGUAGUCUGUCGCACGUGCGCGGUAGGCAGCCAUGGGGAAGGAGAAGUCGCAUAUCAACAUCGUGGUCAUCGGCCAUGUCGACUCCGGCAAAUCGACGACCACGGGCCAUCUCAUCUACAAGUUGGGCGGCAUUGACAAGCGUGUGAUUGAGAGGUUCGAGAAGGAGGCAGCUGAGAUGAACAAGCGGUCGUUCAAGUACGCAUGGGUGUUGGACAAGCUGAAGGCGGAGCGCGAGCGCGGCAUCACCAUCGACAUCGCUUUGUGGAAGUUCGAGACGACUAAGUACUACGUGACUGUCAUCGAUGCGCCCGGCCAUCGCGAUUUCAUCAAGAACAUGAUCACGGGCACUUCACAGGCGGACUGCGCUGUGCUGGUGAUCGACUCGACGACGGGAGGUUUCGAGGCGGGUAUCUCCAAGGAUGGGCAGACCCGAGAGCACGCCCUGCUGGCGUUCACGCUGGGCGUGAAGCAGAUGAUCUGCGCGUGCAACAAGAUGGAUGCCACGACGCCCAAGUACUCUGAGAACCGGUACAACGAAAUCAAGAAGGAGGUGUCGACCUACCUGAAGAGGGUAGGGUACAAUCCCGACAAGAUCCCGUUCGUGCCCAUCUCCGGCUUCGAGGGCGACAACAUGAUCGAGAGGUCGACGAACAUGGCGUGGUACAAGGGUCCGAUUCUUCUGGAGGCUCUCGAUCUGAUUUCCGAGCCGAAGAGGCCGUCCGACAAGCCUCUGCGUCUGCCUCUCCAGGACGUGUACAAGAUAGGCGGUAUUGGAACGGUGCCCGUGGGACGGGUGGAGACGGGCGUCAUCAAGCCUGGCAUGGUCGUUUCGUUUGCGCCCUCUGGGCUGACCACGGAAGUGAAGUCGGUGGAGAUGCACCACGAGGCAAUGACCGAGGCUCUCCCCGGGGACAACGUGGGGUUCAACGUGAAGAACGUGAGCGUGAAGGAGUUGAAGAGAGGCUUCGUGGCGUCUGACUCGAAAAACGACCCCGCUAAGGAGGCGGCCAGCUUCACCUCCCAGGUUAUCAUCAUGAAUCACCCUGGGCAGAUCGGUAAUGGCUAUGCGCCGGUCCUGGAUUGCCACACGUGCCACAUCGCGGUGAAGUUCGCCGAGCUGGUGGUGAAGAUCGAUCGGCGAACGGGCAAGGAGAUCGAGAAGGAGCCUAAGUUCCUGAAGAACGGAGACGCUGGGUUCGUCAAAAUGGUGCCAACGAAGCCGAUGUGUGUUGAGACCUUCGCUCAGUAUCCUCCUCUGGGUCGAUUCGCCGUGCGUGACAUGAGGCAGACGGUGGCCGUCGGCGUGAUCAAGGCCGUGGAGAAGAAGGAGAAGGAAGGCAAGGUGACGAAGGCCGCCAUGAAGAAGGGAGGGAAGUGAACUGGUAGCCUGUCUUUUUUUUUUUUUUUAGCUUGUCCUUUUCAUGUGGAUGAAUCGGUGCGCGGGAUUCCGACCUGUUUCUGCUGCCGGGAAAGAUCCCGGCAUCUGAGUGCCGUAAUUACGUAAUAAUAGUAUUUUCUGAUUCACGUAGAGGCAGCAGCUUUAGCAGCUGAUGAUGGUGGUUUCGCCAGCGGCGUUUUGGCAGCUGGAGGGACAGCGGACGCGGGAGUAUUCGAUAGGACGUUUAGUUUUUGUCGUGUUUUCCGAUGCGGAGUGGGAUUUGGUGAUGACAAUGUUUCUAAGAAGGGAAAAAAAAUCGUUUCGGUGUCUUUCGGCUGACCCUAGGUUAAGGGUUAAGGGAAGACAUCUGUCGGGGGGAUCCUUUCUCCAUCGUUAUUCUUAUUGUCUUGGAGUUUGUGCUGGAUCUGUUCGGUCAGUACGACGAUCGGAUGGCUAUAAUUGCUCGAUCGUGACAGAUCUGGGUCCUCGCUAGGUUAGGACGAUCGGAUGGCUAUAAUAGCUCGAUCGUGACAGAUGUGGGUCCUCGCUAGGUUAGGAAAAGACAUCUGUCGGGGGGAUUCUUUCUCCAUUUGUGCUGCAUCUUUUAGGUCAGUACGACGAUUGGAUGGCUAUUAUUAUAGCUUGAUCGCGACAGAGUUGGGUGCUCGAUAGGCGAUGGCGUGGGUAGUGAAUUUGGGUUAAUUCUCAGUUUCUUCUUCGAGAUUUGGUUUAUUCUUUUUCGGAUUGCCCAGUAGCCUGUUGAGUUGAUUGAACUUGAUUCUUUUAAUAACUAAAAAUGUUCGGGUUAAACCGUUAGGGUUUCGAACGAAACUGCGUUUUUUUUUUGUUUUUUUUUUUUUGUCUUGUAGAGUUUCUACGCACCGAGUGAAACGACAGUUUGUUCUUGAAAAAAAAAAAAAAAAGGUGCCUGUUUUUGGAACCGAACGUCGGCAUAUCCUGACUCACUCUGUUCGUACUCUGAUGAUGGGAAUUAAAGUGUCUGAAUCUGUCCGCGAUCCGGGGGCGAUGCAGAUCGGAAGAUGGGCGAAACCCAUGCGGCACAAGCCAUAUGUUUGAACAUAAGUACACAGUGUGCCUUGCUCCCCUCAUGCACCGACUGUGCAAAUUACUCGCCAAUUGUCCGAAAAUGAGAAUGAAUAAUCCGCCAGAAC